AUGGCUUUCACUUGUUCAGAUAUCAUUAAAAUCAUUGCUGCUAUCAUCUUCCCACCAUUAGGUGUAUUCUUAGAAGUUGGUUGUACAACUCCAUUAUUCUUGAAUAUCAUCUUCACAAUUUUGGGUUUCAUUCCAGGUAUUUUGCACGCGUUGUACAUCAUUCUCAAGUAUUAG